AUGACCAAACUUGCAUUGAUCAACUUCGUAUGGAUAUUCGGGCCUUCCGGAGAAACAGUUAGUAGGUACUUUAAUUUAGUCUUAAAUGUUGUCUUACGAAUGCAAGAGACACUUCUUAAAGCACAAGAUCCUAUUCCAGAAGAUUGCUUAGAUGAAAGAUGGAAAUGGUUUAAGGGUUGUCUUGGGGUAUUAGAUGGAACACAUAUCAUUGUUAAUGUACCAGCAAUUGAUAAACCCAGAUAUCGUAAUAGAAAAGGAGAUAUAUCUACCAAUGUCCUAGGUGCAUAUUCGAGAGAUAUGAAGUUUAUAUAUGUGUUACCGGGAUGGGAAAGAUCAGCAUCAGAUUCAAGGGUAUUAAGAGAUGCCAUUUCUAGGAGGAAUGGGUAUUAUUAUUUUGUGGAUGCUGGAUAUGCAAAUUGCGAAGGAUUUCUUCCUCCAUAUAGAGGCUAUCGGUAUCAUCGUAGUGAAUGGAGACAAGGAAGGGAAAUGCCUACUGAUCCAAUAGAAGCACAAUUAGAUGCCAUAUGGGAAACUCAAUUUCACAAUGCCGAUGUGGCACUUGGUGAUG